AGAUAAAAGAACUAUCUAUAUUGUGUGAUAUAAAGGUUUGUAUGAUCAUGUUCAGCCCUUAUGAGGUUGAACCUUUGGUGUGGCCAUCUGUUGAGAAGGCCCGUGAUGUCCUAGACGGUUUCUUUGCCUUACCGGAGAUCGAGAAGAAGAAAAAAGAGAUGAGCCUCGAAUCAUACUUGAAGGAGAAGACAAAGAAGGUUCAUGAGCAAAUGACGAAAACUCAAAAGAAGAACAUGAAUUAUGCCAUUGCUCAGUUGAUGGCGCAACUACAUCAUGGUCGUAAAAUUCAUGAUCUUAACUUGAGUGAGAUCUAUGCACUGAUAUCUUUCUUAAAGGAUAAUAUCAUACGUUAUAGGAAAAGGCUAGAUUUCGUGCAAUAUCCUUCUCUUCGGGAUCCACCAGUGCCACCAUUUGAGGUGCAAUUCGAGGAGUUUAUGACCACCACAAAUGAUGCUUUUGUUAGAAAGGGUCAGGAAGAUGAGAGAGUCUGGAAAACUAAUGAAGCGGGGAAAAGGAUUAGCAUUGGUGCUGCAGUAAAGGGAAAUCAAACCUAUUACUUACUAGAUAAAUGGGUUUUUCCAUCUUCUGAACCGCCUAAUCCUAGAACCCACCACCAAAUCGAGAUGAAUGUAGUAUCUGGCAAGAAAAAUCCAAAUCAUAUUCCAAAUCAAGGAAAGAGUAUCAACAAAAACUCUAAUUUAGAGACGGUGCCGGUUGGAGCCUCAAUGGUAACCUUCAAUGGUUUGGUUAGGUCAGUCUCUCAACCAUCUCAAUAUUAUAGUAUGAAUUAUAGUUCAACCAUGGCUAUGAGUCAACCAAGGCAAUACCCUUUUGAUUUCAAGACUCGUGAGUUAGGAGUAAAAGAGGAAGGAAACAUUGUCAACAAUGGCGACUUACAAUUUCACAGGAGGAGUAACACUACAACAAUCAAUGAUCGUAUCCGUAAAGAGCCACCACGUAAUGGAACAACCGUUAGGGAAGAUAAUGAUGGUGUGACGUCGUUUGAUAUGAAUAAGGUUUGGUCAAGCAUUAACAAUAAUCAUUCCUAGACUUCUAGUUGUUGUGUUUGUUUGUCUGUUUUUUAAAGUAUGGACUUUUAAAGCUUUUGUCUUGUCAUUUUGAAAUUGUGUUUCUUUGUUUCUUUGUUUUUGGAAUUGUGUCAAUCAUGUUAUCUCGUCAUUUUGGUUUACAAUGAUGUUUAAUUUUGUAAUUUCGAGAACUUUAGUUGAUGUGUCUUUGAUAAAGCUCAAAAUCAUAU